AUGAGGACGGCCUUCCUCUUUGGCAGGCUUUGCGCUCGUCAAGGUGCACGCCAGGCCGCCCCGAGGAUACCGAAACUCGCCAACAAUUUCACACGAUGGCAGUCGACAUUCGGAAACGGCACUCGCUCGCAAUGGCAAUCCCCACGGCCCAGAAAGUUCAUGCUCUAUGCGGCUGUGCAAGGAGUUGCACUAGGUACUGCAGCCUUCGUAAGACUUGCCGAGAAAGAUAAUGAAGGUACCGAGUCGACGUCAGAGGAGCGCAUGCUUCAAGCAUCACGGGACGAGAUUGAGAAGAGCAGAGACGAGUCAAGCGAUUUCUUAACCCGGUUUCGACACAAUGUUGUCUACUACAUAGACGUAUACUUCUGGGAGCCCAUCUGCACCGGUGUACGCUUCUUGCAUCUGGUGACUAUCUUCGUGCCAGUAAUAUUAGCCGUGCCUGCCAUCUGGAUUGGUAGCCGCCAGCCUGACCGCGACAACGAGAGAACGGGCACUCUUUGGUGGUAUCGAUUUCUCGUACAAGCCAUGGAAUGGGCCGGCCCAGCUUUUAUCAAGUUGGGACAGUGGGCCGCUUCACGAACAGAUAUCUUCCCGACCGAAAUGUGCGACAUCAUGUCUAAACUACAUUCCAACGCACCAGCCCAUUCUAUGCAUGCAACCAGGAAAACCAUAGAGGCUGCUUUUGACGGAAGGGCAUUCGAGGACAUUUUCGAGGAGUUUGACGAGAAACCACUAGGCGUGGGAGCCAUUGCGCAAGUAUACAAGGCCAAGCUCAAGCCAGACCUGGCUGCGCCUACAGAUAUCGAUGUGGUGAACUCCAACGGAAAUCUCCGCCAGAACGUUCGAAGGAAGGUCGAUCCACUGCUGAAGAGUACACCUAAGAGGGUGCCGUCUACCUAUGUCGCCAUUAAAGUCUUGCAUCCUAGAGUGGAGCGGACGGUGCGUCGCGAUUUGCGCAUCAUGGGAUUCUUCGCCUCGGCGUUGAAUCUGAUCCCAACCAUCGAGUGGCUCUCCCUUCCUGACGAGGUCGAACAGUUCGGCGAGAUGAUGAGGCUGCAGUUGGAUCUGCGGAUCGAGGCUGCCAAUCUCGCAGUGUUCCGAAAGAACUUCAAGGACCGUACAACUGCCUGGUUUCCAUUCCCGUAUCUCGAGUUUACCACACGAAAUGUCCUGAUCGAAGAGUUCGCACAGGGGAUUCCGCUGGCAGAUUUCAUGGAAAAUGGAGGCGGCGUCUUCCAGAAGGAUAUUGCACAAGAGGGUCUAGACGGGUUCCUGCGUAUGCUGUUGCUCGACAAUUUUAUCCAUGCAGAUUUGCAUCCAGGCAACAUCAUGGUCCGUUUCUACCAGGCCAAACAACCCACCUUCCUCCACCGUCCGGGCCAUGACUCAAAUAAACCACACCCUGAAGAGCAAGAGGACGUCACAGAGCAGAUUCUUGCGCGCCUGAGACCUCAUCGAAAAGACAAAGCUGCAUGGGCGGCGGAGCUUAAGAAGAUCGAUGCUGAAGGCUACCACCCGCAACUCAUUUUUAUCGAUGCGGGCCUGGUCACGGAGCUCAACGCGACAAAUCGACGCAACUUUCUCGACCUUUUCCGUGCUGUGGCUGAGUUUGAUGGCUACAAGGCUGGCCAGCUCAUGUGUGACCGGUGCCGACAGCCGGAUGCCGUGUUGGACAAGGAGGUCUUCGCCCUCAAGAUGCAGCACCUAGUCCUCAACGUCAAGAGCAACACGCUCGCAUUGGGCAACGUGAAGAUUGGUGAUAUCCUGCAGGAGGUCUUGAGCAUGGUCCGCGGGCACCACGUCCGCAUGGAGGGGGACUUCGUCAAUGUCGUCAUUAGCAUUCUGUUGCUCGAGGGUAUUGGGCGGACGCUCGACCCCAACGUGGAUCUUUUGAGCAGCAGUCUGCCUAUAUUGCGAGAGUUGGGUGCAAGGGGAGGCGCAGAGGCGCUUAGAGGCGGCGAUGUACACAUGCUGAUUGUCUGGGCUGGACUGGAAGCCCGACGCUUUAUGCAGGUUAGCAUUGAAGAUGUUGAGCGAUGUGUCAAGUAUGAUUUACUGGCACCAAAUGUAUAA